AUGAACUGCAUGGCCAAGCGCGUACUCGAAACCCAACUAGCAUCCGAGAAGGCCAUGAAGAAAUACCAGCCCGGCCAGCCUUCAAACUCACUUUAUGUGAAGAACCUCGCCAAGACAGUGGAGCUGGUCGACCUCUUCGCGGUCUUCGGUGCUGUCCUACCGCCUGAAUCUGGACUGGAAGCCCUGAACAUACGUCACUUUACUGAAGGCCGAAUGAAGUGCCAGGCCUUCGUAACAUACCCCUCAGUUGAUCUCGCAUCAAGUGCCUUACUCCACGUACACGGCGUCAUAUUAAAAGAUAAACCCUUGAUCGUGGUACUGCUUUCGUAA